UCCUAAACCCACAAAGGAGACUGGGGAGCUUUUUCACAGAGGGCAGAGCAGUGAGAUGGCUUUAAUCAGCUUCCUCAUCCUGACCUCCUUGUGUAUUGCGGGCCGAGAGGCCCUCAGCCUAUCUGACUGCGGAGCAUUUGCCAGACGACCAGAAUACACUGAUAUUGCUGUGGUGUGUGGUACAUCUGCCAUUGACCUGGCGAUUCAAAUCUGCCCGGCCAUCUACACUGGUUACAACGCGAGCUUACUGAUCCUCAACCACAUCCGGGACAAUGUUGACUGUCAGGGGACCCUGGACACCUCGGUGGUACCUCCUGUGGUGAGAUUCAGCUUCCCCAUCACGGAGGGAAAUGCCUGUGGGAGCACCUUCUUGACCACGAGCGCGCCGGGGACGGGAAUAUUCUCUGACUUCUCCAACAUCCAGACGGUCAACGUCAGCGGUGUGAUCCGAUCCUUCGACCCCACCAUUGGGAUGAUCACCUACAAUGCCGAACUCAAGUAUUACUACUCUUGUGCUUACCCACUGGAGUAUCUCAUCAACAACACCCAGGUGGAUGUGUCGUCCUCCUCCAUUGCUUUGAAGGACAACAAUGGGAGCUUCAUCAGUACCCUCAGCAUGAAACUGUACCAGGAUGUAAAUUACACCACGCCCCUGGUCUUUCCACAACUGGGCAUCGAACUAAGAAAAAAUAUCUUUGUGGAGGUGUCUGCAUCCAACCUGACCUCACAGUACUUUGUUCUUCUGGACCGGUGCUACGCCUCUGUGGGUCCACAGCCUACCAACUCCACCUUCUUUAAUCUGUUUGUCUCGUGCUCCAUAGAUCGGCUCACCACCAUGCUGGAGAACGGGGAUAGCCAAAAGGCCCGCUUCUACUUCCCAGCGUUCCGCUUCAUCGAGCAGCAGAAUGAGACCAUCUCCACCUACUAUCUGCACUGCAUCACCCGGCUCUGCGAGCGCAGCACCUGCAGCACCUUCAAGCAGUGCAACAGGAAGAAGAGGAGUGUGGAGUCCACAGUUGUCCAGGAGAGCGUCACUGAGCCGUCUGUGCUCACAGUGGCUAUAAAGGCCAAGACAGAGAACGCCAUUCAAUCCAAAGAAGAGGCACUGUCUGGUGGCCAGUCUGACAGCCAUGGCGCGUCUGUUGGCCUGGGAAUUGCCGUGGCAGUCCUUGUUGUGAUAGGGGUGGCAGCCAUUUUGAUGGCGGCAUCGUUUUAUCGAAAAUUGAAGCGGCUAAGCUAGCAGCGGCCAAUGACCUUGGCGAGCAGAGUUCAGCACAGACUAAAUGACAUAAUGAGUUUGACAGGUUGGCAUUCACAUACUGGUGGAGGUGCAUAAUGUAUGUAUGUAUGUAGGACUCUGUUGUACUGAAUCAGACUAUUGAUUGGAGCACUUAAUGUUUCUUGCCAAUCCUUCACAGACCAUUAGACGUUAUGGAGAGUGAAGUCUGAAUAUCAUGUUGCACUGCAUGGUCAAAAAAAGAAAGACAGAAAUUAAGUUGUCAUCUUAAAGGAGCAGUUCAACAUUUUGGUAAAUACACUUAUUUGCUUUCUCCAGGAAGCUACUGGUCCCUGCCUAGAAAUACUCUGCCACAUAACUCCAUUUAAAACUUGAUUUUACACUUUUAUUUUUAUAUGAAUUAAUUACAAACAAGAUUUAGUGUUACGUGGGGAGCUGUAGAGGUGCUAAUAGGUGAACUUAGUCACCUUUGGACAGGCUAGCUGUUUCCCCCUGCUCCAAGUCUUUAUGCUAAGCUAAGCUCAAGCUACAUAUUUAUAGUGCAGGCAAAAUACUGGCAUCGACCUUCUCAUUGGCAAGAGAGCAAAAUAACUGUAUUUUCCAAGCCCAGUCGCCAGAACAAAAUGUUCACAUUUUACAUUUCUGCAAACAACAAAUAUGUUACGUUUGCAACAGACACCUGCCAAGCUGCAGACCACUCGAACCCAACAAACAACAACAUCAGUUGUCUUUUGGCGACACUUUGUGCUGUUUCUGGCAUUUCCACCUGUGUCUGUGGCACAGAAGCUGGGCGGUUUUAGCGGCACAUUGAGGUAUGCCCCAGCGACAUGUAUGGCACCGAACCUGAAUAUUUUUUCGCUGAACCUGGGUGUUGAAAGUGGCAUGUUGAGCCUUUUCCCAGCACAGAUUGUGGCACUGAACCUGGGUGAUUUCAGCCAAAACAAGAUUUUUCUCCCAACCACAACCAAGUGGUUUUUGUGCUUAAACUUAACUGCACCUUCACCACAGUGUUUUUGAGAGCCACUAUAUAAUAACAUGAAAAUGUAACAUAUCCAUGGUUUAUAGAACUAUUCAAUACAAAUAUUUUUUUUCUUGCAAUUGGGUUGUAUUUUCUUUUACAAUGUCAAACUGUUCCUUUAACUUACAGCCAGGGUGAAAGCAUAAAAUGAAGGCAACACAUUUUAAUUAUUACACUUUUGUCUUACAUUAAAUUUCGUUUCUUGUCAGUGAGUAAAUAUUCUCUGAUUCAAGUGCUCAGACUUCUUGUUUAUAAAUAAAAAUCUACUUCUGUGUAUGAAUCAUGAACAUGAAUGACACAGACAGUGGGCUGCACAGCUUGUAACUAUUUCUAAUCGACUUUGGCUCGCUAUACAAGCAGCUUUGAUCAUUUUGUGCAAGCCAGAGCUGACAUGUUGCAUGUUUUACGUAGAAAUGCAUGUGUAAUUAAUUAAAUCCUAGAUGCAAAAUGAGUUCGCCAUUACCCUGCAUUCUGUUGGUCACACUGACUCUAAAUGCAUCACUUGAAAUGUAACAAUAUCAAGUGAAUGAGCAGGUAAAUUGAGGUAUUUAUUUGAUUGUUUGAAUGAUGCAUUCAGGCCUGCAUUAUACCAGGAGAAUUUACUUAGUUGUGAUACUUGUAAUAAUGUAUGAUCCACUGUGGCAACUAUUCUGAGAAAGUUUGUAUAUUUCCACAAAGUGAAUGAUUGCUGCUGUGUCUAUUUGUGCAAUUUUUCCAUGUCACGCAUGCAUUAUUAUUAUUGCUAUUAAAGCUUGCAAGAUAUGAAACAAGA